UGUCUUUCCCCUUUGGUCGGAGCGUAUUGGACCUUGACAGAAAGAUGAGUCUCGUCUUUCCGCCACGGCAAUCGUCCCAGCGUCAUAGCCAGGAAAAGGCAGAUGGUGCCUGUACCUGAGAAGCUGAAUAUCAAUUCAUAAGGCAUUUUUUGUGGUGGCGGCCUCAGGAUGUCCCAUUGUAUAAAUCUCCCUGUGCCUUGCCAACAAGACAUUUCAAACUUACAGAAACAGCCCUCAAGUGUGCCUACAUAUCAAUCAACAGGAGCCAAGACAUACAGCCACACCUACACAACCAAACCACUUCUACUUGAAAGCAUAUUUUCCCUCCCACAUCCUCACAAUGAAAAUCAAUAUCCCCACCCUCAACCUCAAAAUCGCCAAAGACCCUCGGGACGGGGGAGCUCCACACCAAACAAAACUGAUCCGAUCCACAUCAUCUUCGGAAAUGUUCCUAUCCAAAGAGGGUAGCGGACCCACACCACGAGACGGUGGUUAACGAUUCCAACUCAGAUAGUAUGUCGGCAAAGCAGCCUUCUACCUCAUCCCUAAGCUAACCUAUUCA